AUGCACUUUGACCCAAGCCUGUCUCCAAAAAUGUUAAAAGGCCAUUUGUGACUGGGAUGUUUGCAUACCCUUAACCAUUAACAAAAUAUGAUGUUCCUCCCAACGAGAUAUGCAAGUUGCAACAGCAAAUAGAGCAGCCCUAGUCAUAUGAAUAACCUCGUGAGUUUUGAACUUGUGCUUAAAAUCUGUUACAGUUAAUCCACCGUAAAUGCCAUACUUCUCAUUAGAGGGGAAACUUGUUUGGGUCGACUUUGAAAUCAGCGCGCAUGAGUACCAGCAGAUUACAGCACAUUAAGGAUCAUCUUUUGGGUGAAUACAAGUGUGCAAAGAUGGCAGCUCCAUACAGCCCCCUGACCACUCACGUCCUGAACACCGGGAUUGGCGGCCCUGGAGCCCACAUGGCCCUCAGCCUGCAUCGCCUGGAUCCCUCCACUUCACUCUGGAACCUUCUCACCACAGGGACUACUAAUGAUGAUGGGCGCUGCCCAGGACUCAUCAACAGAGAAGCUUUUACUCCAGCGGUGUACAAGAUGCGCUUUGAGACGGGCCAAUACUGGGAGAGUCUGGGAGAGACCUCUUUCUACCCAUAUGUCGAGAUAGUCUUCACCAUAACGGACCACAGUCAGAAGUACCAUGUUCCUCUGCUCUGCAGCCGCUUCUCCUACAGUACCUACCGGGGGAGCUAGAGAGUCUGUCACUCAUCCCCUCUCACCAUCUCUCACCUGGGCCACGUUCAAUUGCCAAACGUUGUCUAAUCUCGGUUAACCCAGAACUAAAGUCUUGCGUAAUUGUCAGAUGUUUGAUUAAGUUCCGGGUCCAUAUGUGUUAAGGGAAGAGAUCGGAACCGGAACGAAGAGCUCCACCCUUCUCUCUUUGCAAGUUACGGGCAAGUCUAUGGUUCAAAUGUCCCCACCCCUUCCAAAAUUCGAAAGACGCUAACGCCUGUGAAAUCGUGAUUUGUCCAAAGCAUCGGAACUAAUGCUGCUCAUUAUCUCACGCAUCCCAUUGUAUCAUGCCAGAUCUACUGAACCAUUUAUGUUUACGUAGUCUGUCCACGAGAGAUUAAACAUGACUAGGGUUUGCAACUGCACAUGGGGACAAAGAUCGUAC